AUGCUUGCCUUCGCCAAGGCCAAGUACGCCUUCACGGGCAUGGACACCGGCGACCUGCGCUUCGACAAAGACGAGGUGUUCUUGGUCACCAAGAAGGAGGGCGCCUGGUGGUGGGGCAUGAAAGAGGGCGAGAGCGGCGAGACCAGCGAAGAGUCCAACACACGCAGAGUGCGCAUCAUGGAGCCCUCGUCCACCGACCAGGGCCGAUUCCCCAAGAACUACGUCAUCGAAAUCACCCAAGACGAGUACCUCAAGCUGAAGAAGGAGCAGGAGAAGACGCGGCACGAGCGAAAGCUGGAGGACGCCGAUCGGAGGAAGAAGCAGGAGGAGGUGUGGACCCAGAAGAUGGAGCAGAUCCGGGCGGAGGAGGAGGCGCGCCGGCGCCAGGAGCGGACGCAGCUCAAGCUUCAGAAGGUGUUCGGGAGCGAGGGCGACAUACUGCUGCUGAGCCCGCGGCUCCAGAAGGAGGCCCGGCUCGACGCGCUCGUCAGCCCGCGACAGCGCGAAAAAAAGAACGAAAGAGACAAGGAGGCCGAGACGCAAAGAGAGAAGAGCGGCGACGGCGAUAAGAAUGAAAACGAUCACGAUGGAAAGAGAGAGAAGAGUAACAAGAGCAGCAAGACCAGCAGCGGUGACAACCGGGAGCUCAAGUCGUCGGGCGAAAAGCGGAGCAAGGCGUUCAGUGUCGUGCGCGAGGAGCGAGCGCACAGCGCCGACGACUCUUCGCGCGCCGACCUCCUCCUCGUCGGCGCCGGGCGCCACCACCCGUCGCCCCUUGCCACGCCCAGCCGCAGCUGCGGCGACAUCGGCUCCGGCGUCGACGACCAGAGCACCGGCGGCAGCGGCGGCAUUACGCGCAAGUGGCUCAAGAAAAAGAAAUCGCUGCCGCGCUCGCUCGACAAGGUGGCCAGCGACUACAAGGAGCAGCGACGACAGCAGGAGGAGACCGCCGAGCUGGCCGCCGGCGCCGCCGCCACCACCACCAUCACGCCCAUCACGCCCACCACAUCAGACGAGAUGACGAGCGCCGGCGGCGGCGACGCAGCGUCGGCGUCGGAGUCGGCGUCGGCUGAGGUGGACGAAUGGGAGAGUGGGGAGUGGGACGGGGCGUCGACGACGAGACGACGGCAGGUGUCGGCGUCGACGGCGUUCAUGAACGACAUGAACUACCUGGCGCCGGAGCUCGCCAUGCGGGCGGAGGAGGCCCGGAAGAAGCGCAUGCGCGGACGCAACGCGGUGUCGCUCGACCGGGCCUGA